UGAGCGCUCCUUGUUCAUCUCUCCGCCACCACUCUGUGUUCAUAUAGCGCAGGAGUGUGAUUGUACACAAUGGCCAAUGAUCACCGGCACCCCACUUUCUCCCAGAAGAUUGGGUUACAGCUACAUUUAGAUUCAAGGUCUUCAAAAGAUGCUGGAGCUUUCAAUGGGAAAUGGCAAACACCAGUUGGGUAUCACAAGAGCCCUGCUUUUGGGAACUACUGCAAUGCAGGGCUGCUCUCUGGCAAGGGCAAUAAGGAUCUGUCACUGUUAACUGCAAAUGUUUCACCAGUGUUUGUUCAGGCUCCAUCAGAGAAAGGAUUUGCAGGUUUUGCUGUUGACUUUCUCAUGGGUGGAGUUUCUGCCGCAGUUUCCAAGACUGCAGCUGCUCCUAUUGAGCGUGUAAAACUUUUGAUUCAAAAUCAAGACGAGAUGAUUAAGGCUGGAAGACUCUCCGAACCAUACAAGGGAAUUGGAGAUUGUUUUGGCCGUACAGUUAAGGAUGAAGGGAUUAUGUCAUUAUGGAGAGGGAACACGGCUAAUGUCAUUCGCUACUUCCCCACUCAGGCAUUGAAUUUUGCUUUCAAGGACUACUUCAAGAGACUCUUCAAUUUCAAGAAGGACAAAGAUGGCUACUGGAAAUGGUUUGCAGGAAACCUUGCCUCUGGUGGUGCUGCUGGUGCUUCAUCUUUAUUAUUUGUCUAUUCAUUGGAUUAUGCUCGUACUCGGCUGGCUAAUGAUGCCAAGGCUGCAAAGAAGGGAGGUGAAAGGCAAUUCAAUGGUUUGGUUGAUGUUUAUAAGAAGACUUUUGCUUCUGAUGGCAUCGCUGGUCUUUACCGUGGCUUCAAUAUUUCAUGUGUUGGUAUCAUUGUCUAUCGGGGGCUUUACUUUGGCCUGUAUGACUCCAUAAAGCCAGUUGUCUUAACCGGAAGUUUGGAGGAUAGUUUCUUUGCUAGCUUUGCUCUUGGCUGGCUGAUUACAAAUGGUGCUGGCCUUGCUUCUUACCCAAUUGAUACUGUCCGUAGAAGGAUGAUGAUGACAUCUGGUGAAGCAGUCAAGUACAAAAGCUCUCUUGAUGCCUUCUCUCAGAUUCUCAAGAAUGAGGGUCCCAAAUCCCUCUUCAAGGGUGCUGGUGCAAACAUCCUCCGUGCUGUUGCUGGUGCUGGUGUGUUGGCAGGGUACGAUAAGCUUCAGGUGAUUGUUUUUGGAAAGAAGUAUGGUUCUGGUGGGGCUUAAAUUUCUUUUCGUUGGUAGUUAUUAUAAGAUGGUGAUGAAAAAUGCCUUGUGAGUUUUAUAUUUUCAUAAUCUUUUAAAGCUCGAUGAGACAAUGCUCAAUUUGAAUAACUUAUUUUUAAAGAGGUGUGAAAGCAAUGUAUUCCCCUCAUGUUUCUCGAGGAUAUUUUGUUUUUGCGUACGUAGCGCUUGAGAGGUCACUGAUUUUGGUGGAAUAAUUCCCAAUUUUCAUGUUGAAGUGUGAUUCUCUCCCUUUUAUGGUAUUACUAAGUAAUAAUAAUGAUAAAUCUCU